AUGAUGUUCAACUUGAAUUCAAACAUAGGAUCACUCAGGUGCCUACAAGAUGAGACUAGUAAUAAUGUUAGAGUGGCUGACCUCAAGGUUGUUGGAUCUUUUAUUGAAUUCACUCCUGAUGCAUCUGAAGUGAUUAUGUGGCUAGGAGACAUCUUUAGAGCCCAAGUUGUGGAUACAACAGAAUACUCAUUAACAAUAGAGGUCACUGGGGAUCCUGGGAAGAUGGUUGCUGUUCAGAGAAACUUAGCCAAAUUUGGAAUCAAAGAGCUCACAAGAACAGGGAAGAUUGCUUUAAGAAGAGAAAAAAAUGGUCACACGGUUGAUGAGAACUUGAGUGUGGUUUCAGGGGGAGAUGUUUAUCCUGUGGAGUACUAUAAUAAGUUCUCAAUGAAUCAAGUCCUUGACCCCCAUUGGGGUGUGCUUUAUGAAGAAGAUUUAAUUGGUCAUAAGUCUCACACUGUGAACAUUCUUGUCAAUAAUGCUCCUGGAGUUCUCAACCUGGUCACCGGAGUUAUAUCCAGAAAGGGUUACAACAUCCAGGGUUGA